UUCAUUACUUUGAGAGAACCAGAACAUUAGCCAAAGUUCUGAGAAUGUUCCCUGUUAGCUAGAAUUAGAAUUACGCUUUAUAUUUCGUUAGGUGCAGCCACAUUAGCAAUAUUUCGGCAAAAUUUUGUUUUCAAAAAGGUCCAUUGUCUAUUGUAGUGCAGUGCUCACAAGUCACUUUAAAACCGAGUAAACCGAGCAAAUUUUUGUGUGACCAACUUUAACAUGAGCGAAACAUUUUUUUGCCCUCACGCCAAACACUCGACCACGCGAUUCUAGAAUUCCGCCGAGUAACGAUAUCAAUGUGACCGCACCUUUAAAGCGCUAAUCGAACGAAUCAGUGAAUCGAGUCAUUUCAUUUAAACGAUUCAUUGAAUUAAUUAUCACGUGUUAAUCAAAUAUGGUGUGUUCAAAAUCCACUAUUUCCCGGCAGCAUCAGUGAAAUCGGUAAUAGCGAGCUGUGUGUGUGUUGUCAGUGAGCGGAGGGCGUGUGCAGGGGAUCCACACACACUCAAUACUAUGGGUAGGCUAUAGUACGAGCGAGUGUGUGUGUGUGUGUGUGCAGAUAACGGCAUGGCCCCGGUCUGUGUCUUUGUAGCCGGUAAAGGGAAGGCGUGGUGAGUGUCUGAUCCUCACAGAUGAACUGAUGAGGGAAUGAGGCAGAUGUGCGGCGAUACAUCCGACAGCGAGCGCGUGAACUGAACGGAAACGCCCUUAUAGACAGAGAUGACCGAGGGACGACUCUGCCAGGUGCAGCUCCUGGAGGACAGGAAGCUGGAGCUCUUGGUUCAGCCAAAGCUGUUGUCUCGUGAACUCUUGGAUUUGGUCUCAUCCCAUUUUAACCUGAAAGAGAAGGAAUACUUUGGAUUCACCUAUGUGGAUGACACUGGUCAGUGCAAAUGGCUGCAGCUGGACCGCAGAGUGCUGGAACAUGACUUCUCCAAGAAAUCCGGGCCUAUUGCGCUUCAGUUCCUGGUGAGGUUCUAUAUUGAGAGUAUUUCACUUCUGAAGGAGCACACAACUGUGGAGUUAUUCUUUCUGAAUGCCAAGGCAGCCAUCUAUAAUGGUGACAUUGAGGUGGAGAGCGAGCUGGUUUUUAAAUUAGCUGCUCAUGCACUGCAGGAAUCUAAAGGAGACUAUACAAGUGAUGAAAACACCAGAGCAGAUCUGAAGAAGCUUCCAGCACUGCCCACUAAAGUCCUGAAGGAGCAUCCGUCUCUAGCAUACUGCGAGGAGCGUGUGAUUGAGCACUACAAGCUGUUGAAAGGACUCUCCAGAGGACAGGCCAUUGUGCAGUAUUUGACCCUGGUGGAGUCACUGCCCACAUAUGGAGUGCAUUAUUAUGAAGUGAAGGAUAAGCAAGGAAUUCCAUGGUGGCUGGGCAUCAGCUAUAAAGGCAUAGGACAGUAUGACCACCAAGAUAAAGUAAAACCUCGAAAGCUCUUCCAGUGGAAGCAGUUGGAGAACUUGUACUUCAGAGAGAAGAAGUUUGCUGUGGAGGUGAAUGACCCUCACAGGCGAACAGUGACUAAACGCACAUUUGGUCAGACGGGACUGGUGAUCCACACUUGGUAUGCCAGUCACUCAUUGAUCAAAACCAUCUGGGUCAUGGCCAUCAGCCAACACCAGUUCUACCUGAACAGAAAACAGAGCAAAGCAAAAAUCACCACAGCCAGGAGUUUAGGAGACAUCGCGACUGACUUGACAGAGAACGGAGCAUCAAAGAUGAACAAACUGAGCGCAGGAGUGAAAAAUCAGCUCAUCAUGGCCAGUAACGGGAGUCUGGUUUCAACAGGUUCGGCUGACUCUGAAAUGAACGACGACCAGAAAAAAGAGAAACUUGCCGAGCUGAGAAAGAAAGAGAGAGAGAUCCAGGAUAUACUUGGCCAAAAACUGACAGAGCUGAAGGAAAUAUGCCUGCGGGAGGCUCAACUCACUGGCAAACUCCCAAAAGAAUAUCCCCUCAUCAAAGGCGAAACCCCUCCUCAUGUUCGGAGGAGAGUCGGGACGGCCUUCAAAUUGGAUGACCUUUUCCCAUAUAAUGAGGAUCCAUACCUCAGAAAUUUGGAGAGCCGCUUUGCGUUACAGCAGAAAAUCGUGGAGGCGGCCAAGAAGCUCGCUGCUGAGCCUGACAUCUCUAAAUUAGUGAGGAAAAAAAGGAGGAGGAACUGUCUGGACGCCAUGCAAAAGCUGCAAGAGAUCGAAGAUGAAAUGAACCAAUACAGACUGAAGAAAGGGCAGAAACCCACACAGAGAGCUUCUGUGAUCAUAGCCGAUGAACUGGCUCAGUCCGAGUGCAGCUCCCUGUGUGAAAGUCUUCCUCUAGAUGACGAAGAUGAUGUCCAGAGGCCGCGUUCCCGCUCCGUCCAGUGCUCCCCGUGUCUCAGUCCUCCUCUGUCAACGUCCGGCCUGGAAUACGACACCGAGAGACGAUCCUCAUCCAGCGACACACAUCACGACAGAGCUCUUAACAGAUUAGAUCAUGAGGUCCAAGGCCCAGGACAUUAUUACAUCCCCCGAGAGGUGUUCUCUGCCCAAAGCAGUCCUUGUAAAACUUUACCCAGAAUGCCGAAGAACCCCCGCAGCUUACCGCAAACCCCCGUCAUGCCCCGUAACGCCUACAGCAGCAGCCAACUCAGGUCGGAAAGUCACAUCCGUGGUUUCCGGCACCGCAGUGGCAGUUUGGAGUCCCAGUCACAACUUCUCCACUCUCACUGCGCAAACAAGUCUGCCUUCCCGCUGUCUCCGUCCCGUCGUAGCAACAGCACUGAGGUGCUGGACGAUUGCUCAUCCUAUACCAGCAUGUCCAGCAUGGACUACUGUCUCCCCUGCUCGGCCACUCCUCCCUACCGCACGCUGGACUCACAAUCCCACGACUACCGGCUCCACCGCAAAGUGGAGAUCUAUGGCAAUACGGGCAGCAUGCCGAACUUGGUCCCUCAAAAUUCCAGCUGUUACGGCCACCAGCAGAAUCACUACAACCCCUCAGCGUACUACGUGACUGGGUAUCCCGGCUUCGAAUAUGAGCCUUGUUCUAAUGGAGCUUACGUCUAUGAGAGCGAACUUGAGGGUCACUAUAACAUCAACCCCACUUACCCAGCACAUGGUUACCAGAGUCGUAGUCGGAAUAGGCAUUAUGGAAUAGAGGGGUCGGAUAAUUUGUCACAGAAUCCAUACGCCACCGUGAGGCCCCCUAGAGGAAGACAGGGACCCUUGAACGAGGUGUUGACGAAGAACAUGUACAAGGCUUUGGUGGCGGAGCAUUUGAAGGGAUGGUACAAUCGCAGUGCUGGGCACAGGGACCCAGGUACAUAUCAGCUGGUGUACACCUACAAAUAUGACCGAGGUUCCCAGCACAGCUUGGGUUACCAGACACUGCCCGCACCCUUCAGCCACUCCAGUCGAACCAACUCGUUCUCCUCAGUGUCGUCUACUGCCAGUGGAGGGGGAAACUGGCAGAAUCAUUUAGCCGUGGGUCUGACUGAUGGUGAGCUGCCAGAUGGUCCCUUGAGCGCUGGGGCUUACAGUCCUUCAUACAGUCGCAGUCCUACACACAACAGGUUCCCAUCGGAAAGUGCCGCCUCUCACACAUCAGAGCCAGCAGAGGUGUUCGGUGCCAUGGCCGGCUGUUCUGACGCAGACCAUUAAAGAGCACACGAGGACAGGUCAUCUUUCACUGAUAUGAUUUUAUUGUGUACACGUCAGAGACUUGCACUGACAGUACCGAUUUAAAGCUCUUGUUAUGCUCUUCAAACCUUGAGCUUUACUUGUAAACCAGUGAAACAAUGAAAUAAAUGUAUGAUUUUUACAAGAUGACCUUAACGUCUAGUACGGGAACUAUCCAUGAACUAAAUGUCUUUUUGGAAUAGCUGAUUCCGCAUGAUAGUCCCGUCACAGAACGCAUGCUGAUACCACAGCAACACACCAACUUCUGCAGGACCAAAAGACAGACCGGCACAACAGAAAGCAGAAGGAAACAGAAGCACCUUAUGGACAGAUGUGGACAACAUGGACCUAAUUCUCUCGUGCCUCGGAAUGGGAUGUGUUUCUGAGAAAUGCUGAGGCUAUGCUAGUGGACGUCUAGCUGAACAAAUGACUUCUAUGGCACCAGUGUUCAUUAGAACUGGCCAGAAAAAUAAAUCAACCAAACGAUAUGUGCACACAUAUAGUGAAUGUCAUUUCAUACAGGAGUUUCUGAGAGAGUGAAGAAACUAGCCAUAUCACAUGACCUUUUGGACCUUUUUUACGUUGUCAGUGAUAGAUUUGAACAUUGUUUUUGAAAUCUCAACACUGCAAGAACAAAAUAAUGUAAAUAUUAUUGUGACUGAGUGGCUGUUUUUUUGCAUUUUAUUUUUAAUUUAUUGAGCUGUCCGUGCUUGUAGAAGUGCAUAUAUGCACUCUGAUUGUGUACUAUUACAUGGCAAGUGAGUGGUUUGCUUGCUUGAUACUGUAUAUAUUUUGUCCUGCACAAAUUCUAAGAACAGCACUUGAUUUAAGUAAAGCUUGGCAAGACUGCCGAUACAAGACCAUCCAAAAUCCAGACGUUAAUUGUUCUGCUCUUUAAAAAAAAAAAAGAAAAAAAAAGAAAAAAAGAUGUCACAUUUUGAGCCUAAAGAAUACUGUAAGAAUGUCGUCAAUGUUCUUAAAGGAAUGUUCCAGUUCAGCACAGGUUGUAGAACGGCAUCUGAAGAAUGCUGUCGAUUAGCACAUCAUUUGCUCAUUCCUCAGUUUGUGUCAGUGCUCUGCAUGUCCACAGACACACACACACACACACACACACACUUACACUCACUUAAUAUGGAGGUCUAGGCAAGAUGUUAGAGAGAACGUGUAAACUUGUACUUUUGUUAAAGCACUUAUUCUAAUUUUUUUGAUGUGCUAUGUGCUAUUUGAGCUGUAAAAUUGUAAUAAAAUAUAAAUAUUAAAUUUCAAACUUUAAGUGAAAAUUUGAAAUGUUGUCUUGACGAUUACCUAAAAUAAGUUUAAAGCACAAAAAUUUGACAAAAAAAAAAUAAAAUAAAAAAAAAUGUCUCAGAAAACUAAAAUAGAUCAAACCUAUAUAUAUAUAUAUAUAUAUAUAUAUAUAUGACAGUGACAACUAAAUUAAAUAUAAAUAAAUAUAAACUAAAUGUAAAUUAAAAUGGCAAAGCAGAUGACAAAAUUAAUAAAAAGGAAAUAAAAAUAAAAAUGAAGCAAUAAAUUCAAAACAUUGAAACCAUACUAGUAUAGUAAUACUAAAAUAACACUGGUUAGGUGCUGAAUAAUGAUUUUUAAUGGAUAAAAAGUUGCAUCUGUUAAUAUUAUUUAAUGGAACUAACAUUGAACGAUAACCUAACAUUAACAAUAAGCAAUGCAUUUGUUACUGUAUUUAUUAAUAUUCAUUAAUGUUAGUUAAUGCAUUAUCUAAUAUUAACUAAUUAUUGUAAAGUGUUAUUGCGAUUUUUAUCCCACUAGUCUUGUGUUGAUGUAUAAGUUUUGUGGCUAUACCUUUAAAUUAUGAAGUGCUUUUGUGUAUUUUUGUGUGUAUCCCAGUGCAGUGUCCUGUUCCAUACACAUCCAUUGUAAAUGCAUUCGUUUUUUUGGUUUUUUAGCUGUCACAGAUCAAACUCAACCUGUUUCUGAGUCUGAAACAUUCCUCUAAGCCUCGUGAACGAAACGCCCAUGUGCCAUGUAGGAACACACAGAUCUCCCGCUUUGAAUGUGUCAAUCUGAUGUACAGCUUGUACUUGUGGCUUAGAAGCAUGUGAUGUAAAAGCACACGUUUUAGAAAGUCGUUUGGUGUUUUUUUUUUUUUUUUUUUAAAGUGUACAGUUUGAAUGUGAACACUGACCCAGCACACCUUUCAUUGGAAACCAUGAACUAGUCAUUCCUUGAAAACAUAGUCUCUCAUUUUCCAGCAGGAUGUGAAUAAAAAAACGAGGUGUGUAUUCAGUUGUUAUGUCUUUUUUACAUUACAACAUCAUUCUCAAACUGCUCUUCUGUAGUUACAGAUGCAAAACUGACUCAGACUCGGUUGAUUCAUAAAGAAGAAUGCUGACAGGAAGUGUUCGGACAAGUCUUCACAGGCAUUUCCUACCUGCAUUUGCUUACGUUGGACAUUAUCUGAGAUGCUUUUCCAAGGACGCUUAAUCCAACGACUUUUUUAUGAUUCAUUCUAGUUUGACAGCCAUCAAGACUUCACUUGCUAAUAGGUUAUGCUGCCAUGUCAACCGUAUGUUUGUAUGUAGCAGGUUCAUUUGCUGCAGGACUGGUAAUAUAAUUAUCUCAACAGUCUCUUUGCUACAGGAGCCUUGCCCUGACAAGAAUCUUUGCCAUGUUAGCUCACUGAACAUUCACUGGCCUUGUGUUGUGGCACAAGGCCCAGCUUAAAAAUGCAUGACUUUCCAUGCAACACAACUAUUUCAUCGAGUAAUAAAACUAAUCAACAGCUUCAUGACAAAAGUCUAAGACAUGCAGCCUGAGACGCACUGACACCCCAAGAAAGAAGCUGAUUCAAUUCAUGUUUUUAAGUCUCAAGAAUAUUAAAGCUGAAUUUUCAGCAUCAUUCUCCAGUCUUCAGUGUCACAUGAUCCUUCAGAAAUCAUUCUAAUAUGCUGAUUUGAUGCUCAGUUAUUAAUAAUGGUUCUUAUUAUCAAUGUUAUAAACAGUUUUUGCUACUUCAUGUUUUGUGGAAACAUUUUUCAGGAUUCUUUGAUGAACAAAGUUCAAAAGAACAGCAUUUAUUUAAAAUAGAAUGUUUUGUAACAUUAUAUGUCUUUACUGUCACAUUUGAAUAAAAGUAUUAAUUUCAAUUAAACACAAACACAUACUCCAAACAUUUGAAUAGUAGUAUAUCAUGGUUCAGAAUAUUAUAAUGUAAUUUCUGCAGGAUCAUGUGAAACUGAAGACUGGAGUAGUGAUGCUGAAAAUUCAGCUUUCAUCACAGGAAUAAAUUAUAUUUUAUAAUAAAAAGUUAUUUUAAAUUUUAAUAUUUCACAAUAGUGUUUAUAUAUAUAUAUAUAUUUAUGUGUGUGUGUGUAUACAUAUAUUAUGCAUUUGGGAAUGGAGACCCUAAAUUAGUGUAUAUUGUGGCCUAU